AUGAAGUCAUCCUUGAUCAUUUUCGCCCUGUUGGCCUUUGUCUGUGCCACCUUGAUGAUUCACACAUCAACAGCUCAACAACAACAACCAACUCUUUCACAAAAACCAGACCAAGUUCAACAACUUGUGCGUUCCGUCAAUUCCACUCUCGCACUUUCCACACCCACCAAGAAACAAAGCAAAGUUCGUUUCUUGAGACAAAUUCUCAAAAAUUUGAGAGAAUUGGGUUUGUUGAAGAAUGCUUCCGAACAAGCUCCAUACAAUGAAAAGGAUGCUAAAAUUACUUUGGAAAAGAUUACGGUCAUUGUGAAUCAUCUUUUACAAUUGAAGAAAGAUGGAAAGAAUGAUGAUUUGAAGAAUUACAUUAAUGAUUUGAAAAAGUCAAAGAAUUUCAGAGAAGCUGUACGAUUGGUGAGAAGAAUUUUGAGAAGAUUUUUGAGAAGAAAGGUGAGAAAGUUGGCAAACAAGAUUAGAACUUUGGCCAAACUAGUUCAACAACCAUCAUCCACUGCUGUCACAUCUUCUCAAACUACUCCUGCAGUGAAAAAUGACAAGAAACUAAAGAGACGAUUCGAUCGAAGAUUUCCAAUUGAAAAGUUCUUGAAGAGACUUGAAAAGAAUUUAAAGAAAGUGAGAUCAGUCCGUAAUAUCUCUGCCAUUUGGAAGAACAGAUUCCCAAAACGUUUCCCAAAGAGAAAUACAAGAAGCUUUGCUCUUAGAAGAUUCCCAAGAGCUGAAAGAAGACAACCAAAAAGACAAGACAAGAAGAGACAUUUCCCAAGAAGAAGAUUCUCUACCCUUCCAAGAGAAAAAUUCGAUUUCAUUGCGAGACUUGCUAGAAGACUCCAAAGAAGACGUGCUCAACAAAGAAGACAAGCUCCAAGAAGAUUUCCAAAAAGAUUUCCAAUAAGAUUGCCAAGAUUUACAAGAAGAGUAGUGAGAAGAAUCCCUCAAAGAAGACAAGCUCCAAGAAGAUUGCCAAGAAAUAGAAGACCAGAAAAGCCAUUGUUUUAUGUUCAUAGACAAUUGCUUAAGGAUGUUUUGACCUCUUAUUUGAGAAGAAAGCAAAACAAAAAGCCAGCAAGAGCUUAA